UACGCACACGACAAUAACCGCUAUGUAUUUGUCCAAAUCUUCAACAAUCGUGUUAUUCUGAUCUUUCCUCUGUGUUCUCACUUCUCACUUUACAAGACUCCAACUGCCGCAUUAAAGAAAGAAGAAGCGACAGUAGAUUUUCUCCAAAGUCAAAAGUUUUGAUUAACACAUUUGAAUUAGGAAGCGAGAAACCAAAGAUCUAUCCAAUCUCCGUAGUGAAAAAAAAAAAUAAUAAUAAUAAUCGAAGAUUGAAAUGGCUUUGGUUGUUGAUGAUAUCUACCACUACAGCCGUCAUGGCGACCAGGUCACCGUCAUUGAUCAAGUGCAUUUGCUGCUGAAAACGAUAUCGCAUUUAAUCUGUGAACCUGCGCCUCACAAUUUGCUUUCUAGGGUUUGGAGCUUAAGCCCUACGGGAAGAAUAUGCGGAGCCUUCAGUGUAUUUCUCUCGGAAUUUGAGCUUAUUCUGUGAUUCGUGGGAAGGAGGUGGACUGAAUACGGCACUUUACGGUGGUUGAAAACAGGAUAUAUGUCAUUUUCAGCUUGAGAUGCCGGGUGUAAGAGGUUGGGUGUUUACAGCCACUCUGGCUGUGUGGUUGUGCUCCUCAUCGCUUCUUGCACGGGCGCAGAUUACUGAUCCCAAUGAAGUCAGCGCACUGAGGGCCAUCAAGAGUAGUUUGAAUGAUCCACUGAAACAUUUAAAGAAUUGGAAUCGGGGAGAUCCAUGUACAUCAAAGUGGACAGGGGUUUUGUGCUUCAAUGCAUCAGCAAAUGAUGGAUAUCUACAUGUUCGAGAACUACAACUUUUAAAUAGGAAUCUUUCUGGAACCUUAGCACCUGAGCUUGGUCAAUUAUCAUACAUGGAAAUUUUAGAUUUUAUGUGGAACCAAAUAAGUGGGAGCAUACCAAAGGAGAUUGGCAAUAUCAAAUCAUUGAUACUCUUGCUUUUGAAUGGGAACCAAUUGACGGGACCUCUGCCUGAUGAGCUUGGUUAUCUUCCUAACAUGGACAGAAUACAAAUAGACCAGAACCAUAUAUCAGGACCAUUGCCUAAAUCUUUUGCAUACUUGAACAAAACAAAGCACUUCCACAUGAACAACAAUUCAAUUAGUGGACAAAUCCCCCCUGAGCUUCACAGAUUGCCAAGUCUUGUUCACUUCCUUCUUGAUAACAACAACUUAUCGGGAUAUCUUCCAGCAGAGUUCUCUCAACUGCCAAACUUGCUUAUACUUCAACUUGACAACAACCAGUUUCAUGGGAAUAUUCCAGCUUCUUAUGGCAACAUGACAAAACUGUUGAAAAUGAGUCUCAGGAACUGCAGCUUGCGAGGACCAAUUCCUGACCUAAGCAGUAUACCAAACCUUGGUUAUUUAGAUCUCAGCUUCAACCAUCUUAACGAAUCUAUACCACCAAAUAGGCUUUCUGGUAAUAUCACCACCAUUGAUCUAUCAAACAACAAUCUUCAUGGACCUAUUCCUGUUAACUUUUCGGGUCUUCCUCACCUCCAGAGACUGUCACUAGAAAACAAUUCAUUGAAUGGGUCUGUUCCAUCCACUAUCUGGCAAAAUGGGAAUUCCAGUCGUACUGAAACACUUAUUUUGGAUUUCCAGAAUAACUUGCUGACAAAUAUUUCUGGCAGUCUUAACCUCCCUCCAAAUGUCAGCAUCAGUCUUCAUGGGAAUCCUGUAUGCAACGCUUCUAAUCAAAUCAACUUAGUCCAGUUUUGUGGACCUCUGAGUGUAGUCAACAAUACAGACACAAACUCGACAAACACCACAGCGAAUUGUCCUGUUCAAACAUGCCCUGUAACAGAGGGAUACGAAUAUGUUCCUGCAGCUCCUUUAUCCUGUUCCUGUGCAGCACCUCUUUGGGUUGGAUAUCGGUUGAAAAGUCCUGGAUUCUCAGAUUUCGUUCCGUACGAGAUUCCGUUUGAUUGGUACCUGUCCACAGGCCUCAGCUUGGCUCCUUAUCAGGUGGAUAUUGAUACCUUUAUAUGGGAAGAAGGCCCUCGACUGAAGAUGAACCUGAAGUUGUUUCCUGUUAAUUAUACAUUUAACAAUAGUGAGCUCGAGAGAAUCAGGGGCAUGUUCACAGGUUGGCAUAUUCCUGACAGUGAUAUUUUUGGGCCAUAUGAACUUCUCAACUUCACUCUCUUGGGACCUUAUGAAAAUGUGAAUCUUGCUACCCAAAGCUCUGGGAUAAGCAAGGGUGCACUGGCUGGAAUUGUAUUAGGGGCCAUUGCAUGUGUUGUGUCAGUAUCUGCAAUUAUUUUUAUUGUUAUAACAAGAAGACGUAUGAGAAACCAGCAGGCAUUUCCAAAAAGGCGCCAAUCAUCAAGGGGUCCGAUCAAAAUUGAAGGUGUGAAAGGAUUCAGCUUUGAAGAAAUGGCAUUGGCCACAAACAAUUUCAGCAGCUCCACACAAAUUGGCCAAGGAGGUUAUGGGAAGGUCUACAGAGGUAUUCUUGCCGAUGGCACAAUUGUGGCCAUAAAGCGUGCACAAGAGGGAUCUUUACAGGGUGAGAAGGAGUUCCUCACUGAAAUUGAACUUUUGUCAAGGUUACACCAUCGGAAUCUUGUCUCUUUGCUUGGAUAUUGUGAUGAAGAAAGCGAACAGAUGUUGGUGUACGAGUUCAUGGAAAAUGGCACAGUGAGAGAUCACAUUUCUGCUAGAUCCAAAGAACCUCUGAGUUUCGCUAUGAGGUUACGUGUUGCAUUGGGUUCAGCGAAGGGCAUCCUCUACCUCCAUGCUGAAGUCUCCCCGCCAGUAUUUCACCGAGACAUCAAAUCCAGCAACAUACUUUUGGAUUCUAAAUUUACUGCAAAGGUUGCAGAUUUUGGACUCUCGAAACUUGCGCCGGUUCCAGAUACUGAUGGGACUUUACCUGGUCAUGUGUCCACAGUUGUAAAGGGUACCCCGGGCUACCUCGAUCCAGAAUACUUCCUAACUCAUAAAUUGACUGAUAAGAGUGAUGUUUACAGCCUCGGGGUCGUAUAUCUAGAGCUAUUGACAGGAAUGCAGCCAAUCUCGCAUGGUAAAAACAUUGUUCGAGAGGUGAACAUGGCCUUCCAGUCGGGUAUGAUCGUCUCGGUCAUGGAUGAACGCAUGGGAUCUUAUCCUUCUGAAUGUGCAGAGAAAUUUGCUAAAUUGGCCCUCAAGUGUGUCCAAGAUGAGACUGAGGUUCGACCUUCAAUGGCAGAGGUGGUCAGAGAACUUGAGAAUAUUAUUCCUAUGAUACUGGAGUCAGAUGCCACUGCAACUGGAUCUACAUGCUCUGAUCCCCAGAAGAGAGUGUCUCCACCAUCAACACCAAACACAGAAAUGAAGAACCCUUAUGUGUCAUCGGACAUUUAUGGCAGUGACCUCGUCAGUGGAGUAGUCCCAACCAUUACACCUAGAUGACCGCCUUGGAUUUAGAGGAGUGAAGUGUAUGGUUUUCAAGGUUAAUUUUAGUAUCAUGGGAAUAAAACAGAGUAUUCCUUUUUCUUUUUUCUCUAUUGUUUCUGCUUUUGUAUAGUAUGGACCUCUGGGGUUGCGUUCUUUUCCUCUUUGUAUAAUUUGUGACUUAUUGAUUGCCUCUUAAGCUUUGGGUGUGGACGCCAGAUGAACCAAGCUGGCAUUACUUUUCACUUGUGAUGACAAAAGGUUAGAACUUGAUGGCUCAGUUCAUUCUACAUUUUGUCAA